UCUCGUGAGUUUGGUCGGCGAGAGUUGACGAGCGAGACACGGAAGAAAAACAGCGCUAAAAUGAACUAAAUCAGAAAUCGGAGUAUUAAACGAAUAAAAGCAUACAAUAACAUUACAUAAUGGAAUAUAGCCAUUAACGGAAGAUAUUAGGAGAUUUAACAUGUCUGCUCAGACUGAGGGACGAUCGUCUGUUUGAUUGACAGAGCAGAAGUGAAAAGCAGAAACUCACCCAUGAUGCUCUGCGGUGGUGAGAAGAGGAAGCGCGGCUGACUCUGAUGAUAUCUGGCGUGUGUUUCAGGCGUGUCGUCAGGCAUGUGGUGGUUUCAGGAGGGUUUGUGCGUCCUGCCCGUGGCGCUGGUCAUCUGGACCGCCGCCACCUUCAUCUUCGCUUACAUCACGGCCAUCAUCCUGAGACACGUGGACCCGCUGGUGCCCUACAUCAGUGACACGGGGACGGUGGCGCCGGAGCGAUGUGUGUUUGGACUCAUGCUGAAUGUGUCUGCGUUCUUAGGUGUCGCUACUAUGUACGUGCGCUAUAAGCAGCUCCGCGCCCUCGUGGACGACCCCCGUCUGAACCUCCUCAAUCUGAUAGGGUUCGUUCUGGGCUGCGGAAGCUCGCUCGGCAUGUGCGUCAUCGCUAACUUUCAGAAAACCACUCUGUUUGCGAUGCAUCUGGUGGGAGCCAUACUGACGUUCGGCGUGGGCGCUCUGUACAUCCUGGUCCAAAUGCUGCUGUCGUACCGCAUGCAGCCGCAUGUCCACAGCAAAACCAUGUUCUGGACACGCCUGAGCGUCUGCAUCUGGACCUUCGCCAGCAUCAUCAGCAUGUUCGUGUCGUCGGUCAUCAUGUACACCACUCUGUCAGGAGUCGAGGUCAACAAGAAGCUGCACUGGACGCCCGGAGAACCUGGUUUCACGCCGCACAUCGUCAGCACCAUCUCCGAAUGGUCUCUCGCUCUAUCCUUCAUCAGCUUCUUCCUCACCUACAUACGAGACUUCAAGAAGAUCAACCUGCGAGCGGAGGCGGAGCUUCAGAGCAACCACCUGUACGAUUCGCACCAUUACCGGCCCCUUCCUUCACGACGGCCCUCGGAGACCUCGCCGCUGCUCGCCGGGAGCAUCUGAUGAGGAGAAGACGCUCCAGAUGAGGCAGAAAGACUGUGAUGCGCCAGCGGAGGGCAGCGACACUCAGGGUUAAAGGCAGAAACACUCAACGGGCCGUGUAGAGCUCUGGAAACAUCAUACUAACAUUUACACAACGUUUGUACAACCUUCACACAACCGUCUGAAACGAUGCUCUAAAUACUGCGUUUAGCAGGUAUUAUACACUUCUUGUUUGUUUUCUAUUGUAAGUUCGUUGGUGGAAACUAUAGACAUGUUCUAUAGUCUGUACUUUUGUUAAUGCAUAUUUUUAUCCAAACACCUAACUGCUUUGAUUAUGUUAUUCAAGUUGACAUUAGUGGGUGGAUUUUAUGCAAAAAGAACAUUUAUAGCUCUUAUUUCAUCAUGGAAAACUAAAAUAAAAGCCUCAUUUAAAAGGCAUGAAAUAUGCAAAUAAUAUAUUUUAGAUGAUUUAAAUAAAAUGUUUAUUGUACUGAUUAUUGCAAUGCUACAAAAAUACUGUUUCGCAUCAAUGAGAAUCAUCGCUGGCAAUAAUAAAAAUUACACAAAUGCACACAUGUAUAACAAGUUUGAGGUGAAAUAUGAGCUGGAUUUGUUCCCGUUUAAAAUCAAUUGCUUAACUCGCAAACAAACAUUGUAUCAGCUCGCUUUAUCUUUUAUUAUGUUAAAACAAGAUACAAAUAAACAGCAUUAAAUAUUGA